UAAUGCUGUGUGCAGGUGUGUCAAACAGAAACAAGAUUUCCUUAACGCAUGAUGAAACACUAUAGAAAUAUUGGGAAUUAGAUUAUUUAAAAUGAAUUUGUAGAGUCAGUGGGCAUGUUUUUGUGUUGAUAACGAAAUCGUUAUUAUGAUUUAGAAAUAAACAGAUAUAGUCUACAUUUCACAAUACACCGUCACUCAUGCAGGGACCUAAAUUCUCGAUCUAAACCCAGAUUAAGUCGCCAUUAAAGAAUGGAGUGGGUUUACUGAAUCAGCUAGGAAAACCAACGAUAGAGCAGAAUUUAAUUCAAGUCAAUGAUUAACAUGCAUGACUAUAUUGACACAUGAAAUUCGUAGAACAUUUGACUACAUACAAAAUGUCCAGCAGCAGCGUAGACAGAGAGCUUAGUGUAUCAAUGGACAUCAUUAAACUUCAGGAAAAACUACUUCAGAAUUCUUUGGCUGUUGCAGUAAGCAUAGAGUCUCUCGAUAGUCAAGAUGACAGCAUUGCUAUGGGAAUUUCUCAAGGUGAGAAAAAAAGCUGUCAAGAUAAGCGGAUACAUUUCUACAGCAAUGUCACUCAGAAUUUGUCAGAGCUUGAUAAAGUGUUAAACUGUGAUAAAAACAAAAGAACUCGCAUCAUUCUAGUGGUGGACAGGAGUGGCUCCAUGUCUGGUAAUCCAUUCUCCCAGGUAAAGAGUGCAUUAACAGAAAUUGUUAGCCAAUGUUUGAAUAACCCAAACCAAAUAGCUGAAAUUAUUUUGUAUGCAGAAACUGCAGAGACAGUAUCUUUUACAGCAGAGAAUUUUAAAGAAGCCAUUUCAAAUCUAACUGCUUUUGGAUCUACAAGUUUUAAAGCAGCUUUUGAUGCAGUUGAUGUCCUCUUAAACAAGACUAAAUGUGAAGCAUAUGAUUCAACAGUUAUAUUGUUCAUGACAGAUGGUGUUGAUACCAUUUCACACCAGAGCAAAGCUAAUGAAUAUGCUAAAAAAUGGUCAAAGUCUUUAAAAGCUUUUUCUCACCCAAUCACAGUUCAUGCAGUUGGUUUUUCUAAAGAUCAUGAUUUGCAAUUUUUAACAAAAAUCGCCAAUGCUGGAUCAUCACAAGGUCUAUAUAGAUACUGUGAACCUGGUGAUGGUCCAGAAGCUCUCAGAGACAAGCUUGAAGAAUUGUUUGAUUAUGUUAGUGUUAGUGAUGGUCUGCCUAUAAAGUUUAUUGUUCAUCUGGAAAACCCUCAAGAUCAUUUGUUAUGUGUUGAUCAUCAGUCUGAAUUCAUAGAUGGUGUAAUCAAACAAACUGAAAAUAAUGGAUAUUUUGAGUAUCAUGCCUCUGGUGAUUGUUGGGUUAAUUGUGACAGUUCAAGCAAUGAUCUGAAGCUAUCAUUAAGCAUAGAACUAGUUCUCAAAAAGAAUAAAUGCAAAUAUACAAUACAAAUUCCUUGUUGUAUUGUAGACAUUAAAUACAUAGUACACAAAGAUGUGGGCCCAGUUGCAGUAUGGAAUUUGAAUGUAAUGUCUAGAGAUAUCGAUAUACUUACAACCCAUUUAGUGGAUGUCAUAACAGAUAGAAAAGAUGUUUUUAAAUUAAAUGAGAGACUAAAUUAUUUUCAAAACAAAAUGUCCAAAAUUGAAGUUUUUAAACCUGGAUAUGAUAAAGAAACAAGGGCAAUGAUAAUGAGCAAACUCAAAGAUAUUCAAGGGAAGCUCAACAAACUGCAUGGAAUGGUAGCUCAGUACUUGAGAGGAGAGACUCAAGGAGUGUCCCUUUUGGCUCGAGUCCAAGAUCUGCGCUAUGAAGCUCAGUUUAGUAAAGUAAGGAGACAGAGAAUGAUGGACAGGAGAGUUGCUAAAAACUUCAACAUCAUUAAGUCAGAUGCCACUAAUUGCUCAACUGUGUCAGAGGAACAGCUAAAAGAACUGUCAGCCGAGGCCUUAGGAUUCUACUUCUGUAUUCUGUCCAUGUGUGAUGUGAAGGACAUCCUGAUAGAUAACUCAAGCAUGGACAAUGCACUGGGCCUAGGACUGGCAGUUACCAGACCAGAACAUGCUGUUGAUAAUCCUACAUCUAUACGUAUACACAGUAUUAGUGGAUCGCUGGUGAGCAGAACCUCAGUAAUGGAUGCUUUAGAGUUUAAGAUAAACCUAGAUAGUCAUUUAUCAGCACAUGGAGGAUUCUCUUUUAUGGCCAGUGAUGGCAGUGAUCUACCUCAUGCAACUGUUGGAUCUGGAAGGGAACCUAUCAAUGCUUGGCUACCUCUAUACAUUUGUCCAGCCCAUUGGGAAAGAGUUAAAAGCUGCCUACGCCCAAGUCUUGGUUAUCUUUGUACACUUGACCCUAUGGGGUAUUCAGAUAACCAGCUGGACAUCAUCUUCAUGGCACUGGGUUGUAUGAUAUGCAAGAUCCUAGAGUCCAGAAGUGGUGAAAAUCAGUUGAAAAUUAUUUAUGCCUUACAGAAAACUUGUCAAGCUUGCAUGACAGAAUAUAAUCUAACAAGUCAAAUAAUUGAUACUGUGAACAACUUUCUGCUAAGUCCAAUGGGAAGGUUUCGUCAUGCUGUUCCAAGUUUGCAGACUUUGAUUGGCUACCUAGUGUCACUUCCUGUUGCUACUACAAGAGAUCUUCUUGGUUACACUGAAGUUGAUGAAUUUUCAAGUCUUUCUAAACUUUGGGUGGCCUUUUUGUCUGAGGUGUUACGAAGAGCCAGUGGUUCUUCACCAGAGCUUCAUGCUAAUGAAAAUGUCAUCUUGAGCCUUUUGAAUUUGAUUAUAAAUGGUCAUCAGGAUCAAAAGGCUGGUGUUAUUGAACUAAAAGCUAGUGAGAUACCAACUUGUGUUUAUGUCAGCAGCCUGUGCCAUCAACUGGACAGUGAGGAAAUGGAUGGUACUAAACUAGAUAUACCAGAGUAUGAUGCCAGUGCUGGGAUGACCACUCCAGAUGUUCAAGUGCAUAGAUCACCUAAAGUAGAUAAAGCAAUGGCCUUGUGGGCCCAGGCACAAUGUGGAUACAUAAAAGCAAAGCAAAGCAAUGAAAAAUUAAAAGAAGCUAAGAAAAUAGUGAGGCAGUGGGUCACUUUAGUUCGUCAGAAGAUUGGUUUGCCUGUAGGCCAGGAGGAAAAAGAUGAAAGCAGUGAAACUAAAGCUGUAACAGAGAUUGUGGACAUGGACACAAAGACUGUAAAUACAUCAAUCCUUGAAGUUGUUGCAAAGCUACUUUGUCAUUUAACCUCCAAGUGUUUUCCAUCCCUGGAGUCAAUCAUUUCUGGUUUUGGUUUUCUUCAUUGCUGGCUAAAACAAGAGCCAACUGAAACAGAUGGACCUGAUUGCUUACCAUCAGAGCAAUGGAUCCAAGAAAUUAAAGCUUUCAUGGAACUGACCAUCAAAAAACUUAAAGUAUUUGAAGAGCAACAUUCCAAAGUUAAGGAACAGGUUGAGGAGCUUAUUGCAGUAGUUAGAGCCUCACAGAAAAUCAUAAAUCAUUUAGCAGAGCAGGAAUCUGAAGGUGCUGUGAAUAAUAAUGUAGAAGUCCAGGAAGAAGAGGAGACUGCAAUACAGCCAGAGGCAGAGAGAGAACAGCUCAGAGAACAGACUGUAGCACAGGAAGAACAACAAGUGCUAACAGUAAAAGAUACAGAAGCAGGUGAACAUAAAAACAACAACCCUAAAAGUAGAAACAAUCAACUUAUAACUGUGCCCAUGUUUCUGUCAGCACUUAAUGCUUCAGGAGAUCACAUUGAGCUGAUAAGAGCAAUGCUAUGUCAAGCAGUUUCAGCUCCUAGCAAUUCACAAGCAAGAGAUGCAGUUGAUUCUGGAGAGUUCUUAGAUUUAUCUCAACCAGGUAAUGCACACAAUUAUUUAAGCAACUUUAAAAAGGACUUUGACAAAAGAAAAAAAGCUGCAGCUAAAAAGAUGGCAGAGAAAGCAGCUUGGGAAAUUGGCAAUAUUUGCAUGCUUCGAGCUGAAACACUUUGGUCUUUUGUAGGUUACCUUCUGAAAACCCACAAAGAAAGAGGUGAAGGCUUCAGUGCAUUAAUCAAUUUUAUUCUGGAGUGCCCUGGAGUUGAAGGAUUUCCUUUGUUGGCAGAGAAAGUAUUGAUACUUUUACUUGGUAAAUAUCAGGAUUGUGUUGUGUUUGCCAGAGGCAAUGCCUGGACACCUGAUAAAAAACUAUCAGCCAGACUGGAGAAAGUGCUUGGUGAAGAGACCUGGCGUCAUAUUGAAACAGAACUUCUCUCCAAUGUGCACAUUCAUGUUUACAGAGAAUCUGACAUCCCCAACAGACACGGCCACUGCAACUCUAAUCCAUAUAUACCUAACAGGAUUAGACAAAUACUUGGCAUGCCACUAAUUGAAGAGAAUAAGCAAACUUUAAAAAAACGAAAUGCUACACAGAAGAAAUAAUUUUGUUGUCAUAAAAGUAUUAAUUUGAACUAAAGGAUAAAUUUAGCAAAGUAAAUAACAUUUCAAGUUUGUGCAGUGUUAUCUUAGGGCUCUGUUUAGUAAGACAGUAUCAUAUUUUAUACUCUAUUAGACUAACUUGACUAUGUGACACAUCUGUAAUUUGAAAGAUAAAAAAAAACAAUAUUCUAAACCAAAUAUUUCACCAAAAUGUUUUAGAAAAUAUAGGUGUCAAUAUUUUAGCAAAGUAACCUCAACCUUUUAGAUCAGGUUUCAUCUUGGAUAUAGCAAAUAGUUUUUAAUGUGCUAGAAAAUAAUGACUCAUUAACAUGGAUCUGCUAUUACUUACAAAUCUGUUAGAUUUGAUCAUUAAUGAUUUCUUAAAUAAUGCCCAGGCAUAAUGACAUCAGAGGCUUGUACUGUCUUCAAAUGUAAAAUGUACUUUAUAUGGGAAAGUAUGCACAUUUGUGAUAGAAAGCAAACAAACAAACAAAAAAAAAAUUAACUUCCUUUUAUCAGUUUUUCUAACAUUGUACAUUAAUGAGCAGAAAAUUUGUUAGAUAUAUUUUUUUUAACAUUAGUUAUUGUAGGUUAUUGUAGUAUACACGUUUUUUCACAUUUAAAAAAAAAAGUAUUUUUAUGCAUUAAAAAUUCACAAAGUUUAUUAUAAAUACAAAUAUAUAUAUUUUUUUUAUUGACAACUGGAAUAAAUAUUUAUAUGUAUAACAUAGUGGAA